GACGAGUGAAGCGCAGUCUCGAGCUAGCCGGUGAAAAUUUGCCUGAUGAGGAGGUGGACGCAAUGUUGAACUCUCAACAACAAAUUUUUUUCCGAGAAGUCAAUCCAUUGACAAUCGCUGGUCGAAUGGCGUUGGAAGACGCGAAACAAAGACAUGGAGAGAUCCUUGAACUGGAGGAGAGCUUGAGGACUUUGCAGGAGAUGUUUGAGGAUAUGUAUAUGCUUGUACAUGCACAGGGUGAAAUGGUUGAACGUAUCGAUAAAAAUAUCGAGAAUGCUCGCUAUGAGGUUCAACAAGCUGCCGUCAAUACGAAAACCGCGGUUGAGUACAAGAAAUCGGCGCUACGAAAGAAAUGGCUUCAAUGGUUCCCCUUCUUAUAUCCCCUACUUCAAAAC